UAGCUUGUCACGUGUGAAAUGCUGUAAUCACUUAAGGAAAUGUAUAAAAAUCCCCUCUGAGAAAGGAGGGGUGUCCUUUUGCUUUGUGAAAUUAUUCCCAAAGUGCCACCUUUGCUAUUCUGCAGAAUAAACUGCUUUUUAGUUUGAACCUCCACUCUCUUGGUGUGUUAAUUGGACUGCACGCCAGGCAAGAGCCUGGCUUUCCGGCAUAACACAACUUCAUUGAUUCAGGCAGCCAGUGAAACAACGGGAUUGACACUCCACCUCCCACAACAGUGCAGGAUCUCAUCUUAAUAAAUGGUCAAGCUGCAAGCCCCCCGGCUCAUUAUUACAGAUGAUUACAAGCAGUCUCGGAGCAACAUCAUCGUCCUGAGGGUGAUCGCUGCUGCUCUCUUCACUGACCCAAUAAGGUCAAGGUAUCAGCAGGAAGCACUGUCGCCCCCAAGCCAAGUAGCCUUUAAGAUCGGCAGCCCUCCCCCUGCUGAGUAGAUAAGCCCUAGCCGUGGCUCCCUGAGCUGUGGAACCUCGAGGCAAGGAAAGAAAGAAAGAAAGAAAGAAAGAAAGAAAGAAAGAAAGAAAGAAAGAAAGAAAGAAAGAAAGAAAUAUUCUUCUGAAUAUAUUUCCCCUUCACCCCCUGUUUUUCAGCCAUGGCAAUCAAGAGGAUCAUUUUCAUUUUGGCUGGUUUGGCACUAUUGGGCGGCCCUUGUGGAGCAGAUCCCAGAGGGAAGGAAUUUGUCACAGCCUUUCUGCAGAACUACUGGCAAGAAGUACCCAAUGCAGACUUCAGGCUGCUCAUCACUGGGUACCAUCCUGCAACGUCUGUCACAGUGAUAGUGAACAACUCUACGUUUCAGAGAGCUACCAUCAAUGCAGGACAGACAGUGUCUGUUCAUCUCCCAGGCUUCGUAGAGAUGUUGGGGACCAACACCUUUGAUAAGACUAUGUUGAUCCAAGCUGACAAAGACAUCUCAGUCUUCUCCUAUAACUACAAGAAUUAUUCAAGUGCUGCCACAGUCGUAUAUCCAGUCCAACAGCUGGGCUUGUUGUAUUACGUGGUCACUCCGGUGGGUGACACGUCAAACACUUUCAAGGAAUUUGCUGUGGUGGCCCAUGAAGACCCCACUAGAGUUGACAUUCAUCUGAAAGGGGCUGUGAGUUUCAAAGGGCGGGAUUAUCCUGCAGGUAGCAGGCUUGUUGUUGACCUCGAACCCUUCCAAACAAUCCAGCUGCAAAGCUCGGAUGAUUUAUCUGGCACCAGGGUUGAAUCAAGUGGGCCUGUGGCUGUCUUGAGUGGGCACAGCUGCGCUAAACAAAACACACAGUGUGACCAUGUUGUUGAACAGCUCCUGCCUGUUUCCAGCUGGGGUACCACGUUCAUUGUCCCCCCACUGUCCAUCCAAAGUAGUUCUGAUGUGGUGUAUGUUGUCACCUCCCAGAGCACUUUAAUCAGAUACCAAGUUGGGCCGACACAAAACUCCCGUAAUACAAAUGCAGGACAGGUGAUCCAGAUUGAGGUAAAACGCCCUCACCCUCUUUAUAUCUCUGCUGAUGCUGGAAUCCAGGUUCUUUUCUUUUUCACUGGUGCUAAAACAGGAGUAGGGAUCUAUGACCCCUUCCUCAUCAAUAUCCCGGCCUUGACAAGCUAUUGCACAUCCUACCACAUUGAUGGGAUUAGGAAGUCUGAUAAUUAUGCUGUCGUCAUAACCAAAAGCACAGAAUCCAAUGGAAUCACCUUCAAGAGGAAGGCCGUGGGAAACAUCCAAUGGAGAGUCAUCCCAGGCACAGAAUAUUCCUGGGCUGAACAUAGACUGGGCAGAGAAGAUCGUGCCCUCUCCCUGGAGCAUCCCAGCACACCCUUUGGACUCUACAUCUUUGGAGUUUCAUACAUGGGGGGCUAUGGUUAUUCUUCCGUUUGCCCUUCCAGCCAACCAGUGUCUUCAUGCAGCUCAAUGAAAUGUGGAAGUAAGGAGCAGUGUGAGAUCUUAAGAGGUCAGCCGAUGUGUGUACCAAAAUCUGGAUCCAUCUGCAGGGCUUAUGGAGGCCCUCAUUAUCACACCUUCGACGGAAAGCACUUUGACUUCAUGGGCACCUGCACCUAUACCAUUGCCAAGACUUGCAGUCUAGAUCCAACUCUUCCUUUCUUCAGCGUUGAGGCCAAGAACGAGAACAGGGGCAAUGCUCAUGGUUCUUACAUUGGUUCUGUGACAGUCAGAGUCUAUGACACCAUCAUUGCGAUGGCCAGAAAUGAGAUUGGACUUGUGAGGGUGAAUUACCAGCAGUCCCAGCUGCCCAUCUCCCUGCAGGAGGGGAAACUGAGGCUCUUCCAGAGUGGGAUCUCUGUCCAUAUUGAGACGGACUUCUCACUGAGAGUCUCCUACAACUGGGACAGCAACCUGGCGGUGAAGAUCUCCAGCAGAUUUUCGGAGAGCCUCUGCGGCCUUUGUGGCGACUACAAUGGAGACCCAGAUAAUGACUUCACCAUGCCUGAUGGGAGCUUGGCCCCCAGUCCUGUGGAGUUUGGGAGAAGCUGGAAGGUGAAGGAUGGCCAUGAGUUCUGCUGGGAUGAUUGCAAUGGGGAAUGCCAAAGCUACACCCCCGAGAAAGCCAAGAAGUAUAAAGCUGAGCCAUUCUGUGGCUGGAUCAACAAAGGGGGAGACGGCCCGUUCAGCCAGUGCCAUGCCGUGAUUGACCCUCAGCCCUUUCUAGAUGACUGCGUCUUUGAUGUCAGCUUGAAUGAUGGCCUCAAGAAUGUGCUGUGUGAUGCACUGAAGAACUAUGCAGAUGCCUGCCAGGGAGAAGGAGCUGCUAUUUCAGACUGGAGGACACCCACUGGCUGCUCCCUACCCUGCCCUGAGAACAGCCAGUACAAGGCCUGUGGACCUCCAUGUCCUGCCACCUGCAACGGCGAAGCUGGUCCCACGAACUGUUCCUCAUUGCCUUGUGUGGAGACCUGCCAGUGCAAUGAGGGCUUUGUGCUGAAUGCUGGGAAGUGCAUCCCCUCAACGUCCUGUGGGUGUAUCUUUGAGGGGAAACUCUUCUCCCCUGGUGAGCAGUUCUGGGGAGACGACAGCUGCACGAGACGCUGCACUUGUGACCGGGAGACGAAGCGAGUGGCCUGCCAAGCGGCGAGAUGCAGGAGUGGGGAGCAAUGCAAGGUGCAGGACGGCCUCCAGAACUGCUACCCCACCAGUUUCACCAGCUGCUCGGCUUCAGGGGGCCUCCACUACCUCAGCUUUGAUGGCAAACGGUUCGACUUCCAGGGGAACUGUGUGUAUCAGUUCACUGGGCUGCGUGAGAAGAGAAAUGACCUGGAGGAUUUCCUGGUGCUUGUCCAGAAUGACCAUCAAGGCAGCCAGUCAGUGCCUUUUCUCCAGAGGGUGGAGAUCAGCAUUUAUGGCACAGCCAUUGUGAAGAGCAGAGAACAGCCUGGAAAGGUUCUGGUGAAUGGCUUGCUGAACAACCUGCCCUACAGGAGCAGAAACAAUGACUUUUCCAUGAACAGGAGAGGGCAAACUUUGGUGAUCCAGACUGACUUCUCCCUGACAGUCACCUUUGACUGACAAAACCUGGUCGCUGUGUCUGUGCCCAGCACUUAUGCCGGGGCCCUUUCUGGUCUCUGUGGGAACUUCAAUGGCAACCCAGAAGAUGACAUGACCACGAGAGAUGGCCAUGUGGCUCCAGAUCCAACAGCUUUUGGUCAGAGCUGGAAAGUGAGAGAGGUACCAGGCUGCAGAGAGGUUGACUUAGAAGAGUGUGUGGGCCGAGCAGCCAUUAAGAGACGCCAACGGAGUCUUGUCAAGGAGUGCGGGCUCAUCGCCAGCAAGUUCGGUCCUUUCCGAGAUUGUCACAGCAAAGUUAAUCCAGAGGGAUACUUCCAAGAUUGUGUGCAUGAUUACUGCUUAUACCACCAGAAAACUGUGAUGUGUCCUGUUAUUGCCAGCUAUGCAGCAGCCUGCCAGGCACAUCAUACUACUCUCAACUCUAAAUGACCCCACACUCUCACUUUCUCACACUCUCUCCUUUAUUACUAUGACGAGUAUGGGAAUGAAUCAAUCUAGCACUCUGCACCCAAGAAAACCCUCAGAAAUUCACAAAAAAUCAGCCCUUUGUCCCAUCCCCCUGAAAUUGGGGUGGCAGCCUACACCCAUUAGGCACUACCACCCCACCCCACUAUUUUGGGGCAGAUCCACUUUCUGCCCCCCCAUCUGCCCCAAAGACACAAAAACUUCAGAAAUUCACAAAAAAUCAACCCUCUGUCCCAUCCCCCUGAAAUUGGGGUGGCAGCCUACACCCAUUAGGCACUACCACCCCACCCCACUCUUUUGGGGCAGAUCCACUUUCUGCCCCCCCAUCUGCCCCAAAGACACAAAAACUUCAGAAAUUCACAAAAAAUCAACCCUCUGUCCCAUCCCCCUGAAAUUGGGAUGGCAGCCUACUACACCCAUUAGGCACUACCACCCCACCCCACUCUGCUGCCCCAUAUCCCACUCCAAGUCCAGCAACAGUGCCCUGCCCUGAACCUCACCUCAUCCAAACUUUUUUUGCGCACUACAGUCAACAGAGAGGCACAGCCAGGAGGGAACACGCAUAGCAUGUGGAGGACGCACGCAAAACAACAACACUCCGCAAGUGGAGCAGCAAGGCUUGGCAUGUUGCCCCCUCCUAGCCCACACAGCUUUGAAGAGUAAUGCAUGGAUGAUGAUGGCAGAUAAGAAGAGAAUGGCAGCACGCACGUGUCUCUGGACAUUUCUUUUCUGAAACCUGUCUCUGUGGCAUGUGAUCGCCGCAUCUAUGUAUGGGCAAGCAAUCUUCAAAUAAAAUGCUGUCAAUCAACUCUCAAA